UGAAAUAGUGUACCUACCUAUACUCUAUAGAGUAUAGAUUAUAGUUGAUAAUUUUUUUAUAAACAAUUUUUACUCACGGGUUAGUAGUAGUUACUACUUAGUAAUUAGUACUUACCUAUUCAAUAUUAUUAUUCUGAGUUCUAUGAAAUGUUUUCUGUUAGUGCAUAACUGUUGACUGUUCGUAGUUUAGAUUUCUAUUUUAGAUAGAAAGUGAAAACAAUCAUAAUUCGCAAUGGAAGACAAUAUAGUCGUGAAAAAAGUCGAAGGCGGGAGUAUCAUAAGUCAUCCUCCACUGUUUUCUGAAAAUGGAAGAUUCAUCUAUGUGGGCUGUGGUGCAGAUAUCAAUUGUUUUAGUGUGAGCUCUGGAAAAUUAGUUGCCAGCUAUACUGCCAAUCAAAAUUUUGGUAGAAUUGUUAACUUAUGUUUUCAUCCUUCUGAUGAUAAACUAUUGAUUGCUAUUCACUUGAAUGCUGUUAUUGUUUUUUGGAAUUUGAUUGGAACUCAUGCUGCCACAAUUUUUAAACAACAAGAAUUAGAUCUAAAAAAAUAUCAUAUAGUAAAUGCAAAAUGUUUGUCAAGAACUUAUUGCUCUUAUGAUGUGGAUUGUAUUAUUGUAUCAUAUAAAUUACAAGAAACUAAUAACAACAAUAUCAAUAUUGGUUUAUUUUCAUUGGAAGAAGGAACACUACUAUACAAGUUUGAUGAAAAUUCGGAAAAUUUACCACAUAUUUGGUCAAUAGGAGGUUUUGAAGAUGUACCUUAUUUUGCCUUUGCUAAUAAAAAUAUAAUAUAUAUUUAUAAUUUAUUGAAUUAUAAAAAAAAUAAAAUUAAAUUAGGGUCAGAUAGAACAGUAACUGUUGUACAAUGCCAUCCUAAUUCCAAUACUCUAGCAAUUGGAGAUAACACAGGAAGAAUUGUUUUGUAUUAUAAUGUAAUGCAUAAAAAUACAAGAUCUCAAACUGUUUACCAUUGGCAUACACUUCCUGUAAAUGAUGUUAUAUUUACUAGUAGUGGUAACAAUUUUUAUAGUGGAGGUGCUGAAAAUGUGUUGGUCAAAUGGUUUUGUGAAAAUACAGAAACUAGACAUUACUUACCUAGAUUAUCCGCCAAUAUUGUUCAUUUAUCUGUUACAGAAGAUAGCCAAUAUGUUGCUGUGUCCACACAAAGCAAUAGCAUUAUAAUAGUGAACUCACAAAAUCGUAUACAUUCUGUUAUACAGACGUUCACUUGGGGAGUGCAUGCUUCAAAUGCUGAUGAAUUUGAAAAAGUCUUUCCAGCAGGCGUUGCAUUCGACAGUCGCUCAAGAUCCCUUGUUACAAAUGGAUUGCCUGGCCACAUUCAAUUUUUUUCACUCGAUCAAUCACAAUUAGCAUUCAAUUUGGAUAUUGUGUGUCAAAAUUUUACGACCAGAACAAGAGAUCAAGGUGUAUUCAAUGCUGAUGUUUGUUUAUUGGCAAUAAGUGAUGAUAGCUCAUGGCUAGCUACGGUUGAACGAAGACCAAUUGAUGAUAAAUAUGUAGUAGAUGAUGUUCUUAAAUUUUGGACUUUUAAUGAAAAAUUGCAAAUCUAUAAAUUAAAUACAUACACGAGUUCUGUAGAUAGAAUUUCAAAAUUAUGUUUUCGUCCAUCAGUAGAUUCUGAUGGUUUACAUAUGGUUGCCACAUUGCAUGAAAAUAUGUAUAAACUUUGGUCUCCAUAUAAUUUAUUGGAAGACGAAAAAAAUCCAAUUAAAUCAUGGCAACAUGAGUAUACAAGUAAGCUUUAUCAUAAUCAACCGUUACAUGCAAUUAGUUUCUCUGAGGACGGUUGUAUAUUGGCUGCUGCUUUUGGGCCAAGUAUAGUUUUAAAAGUUCUUGAUGACACAGAUGAUUUCAAAACGAGUCUUACUCAUGGGUUUGAACAUAUUAGAUUUUUAGAGUUUGGUAAAAACGCAAGCAGUUGGAUGCUUGUUGCUGCAUCAAGUACAAGACUUUUGAUAUGGAAUGUGCUUAGUGAGACAUUACUUACAACUAUUUGGGUUCAAGUUGAAAGAUUAAUUGCUGAUCCAAUGUCAGAAUAUAUGGCUAUUUUUACUAUUGAUAAUGAUUUGAUUGUUUUCACUCCAAAUAGCAAGAGUGUAGUGUAUAAGAAACAAAAGAUAUUUGGAAAAAAUGACAAAAGCACUUCUAUUUUGUGGGCAUUAUUUGCCCCAAAGUCAGAUCAUCAGAAUGAACAAUAUUCAUCUUGGUUGGAUAACUCUACACUGUACAUGUUGACCAACCAACAAGAACUUUUAAAGUUUGAGAAGACUGACACUCUCCAAAACAUAAUUGAAGCUUUUGUGGAUGAUAACUUUACUCAUCUUACACCUUUAGGACGUAUUAUUUCUAACAAAGAAAUUAGCUAUACCACCAGUAAUAUAAAAAAGAUUCCCGAGUUUGAAACACUAAUUGAUGAAGAUAAGUCAGCAUUUGAGAUACUUGAAGAGCCAGCUCAUUUAAUGUUACCAUUAGAGACUCAUCUUGAACGUAUUUUACUCGCGUGCUUAAAAACAUAAGAAGACAUACUACUAUUAGGCAUUAAAUGGGAAGUACAAUUACACAUAUCUAGUUGCUUUUGACGACGGCAAUUUACAAUGCAAGAACUAUAACUGUAUUUUGAAUUGACAGCUAGGUAAUUCUCUAAUGGAAAUCUGCAUCUAAACUUGUGUAAAAAUAUUGUAGCAUGAUUAUCACAUUUAAUUUAACUAACAAAUCAUUAAAU